GUCUGACCCGCUGUGUUUACAAACUCCCCUGCCUUUCGGAAAUGACAAAACGCGUCACUUUCCCUGAGGCACUUUCGCUUUUGAGAAAAUUGACACGAGGUUCAUUUCCAGAGAGAAACCGACAUGGACACAUUCCCGGGAGAGAGAGAGCAGACAGAAGCGAUGAAAGGAAAGGGAACGGGAUCACUUUCGGAGUCGGAUCAGAUCCUGAGGAUUUCACACGGAUCCUGAAAACGGCUCCAGAGUCCGAGCGGGAAAUAAGAACCCUGCUCCAGUGAGGGAGCGGACUCUGGGCCAGGUGAAUGUGAGCGGAGAAAGUCGCCAGCAGCCGGUGAUCCAGGCCUGUGAUCCGGGCUCCCUGUCAUCUCCAACCUGGGAAAUGGGAACGGGACUAGCGCCGUGUUAACACACCGGGGAUUCCUGCAAUCGGGGUCUCUACAAUCCGGAUGAGGACAUCUAGCCCCCAGGACAUAUCCCCAUACCCCCCAAUCCCACCACCCAACUACAGAGCCCCGCCCUGCACCAGCUCAGUGCCCGAUGAUCUGAACACACUCAACAUUCAGCUGCAAAUCGAGUGCUGGUUGCGAUUUUCGACCCGGGAUUUUCCAGCCGUUGCUUCUGGAAUCUCCAGCUUUUCGAUUCCUUACCUCAGAAAGAAACGGCAUACACUCCUGAUCCAGGUCCUCCAAAAUUCCUGGGAGCUGUUUUCACUUUUGGAAUGUAAUGUGCCCCUUUAAAGCCGCCAGCAUGGCAGUGCCGGUGAGAGCAACCAGCAGAGCCCAGGCUCACACUCACAGCACUCGGCAGCACAGGCGGCCGCUCCCGGAUCACAAUCCGCUCCGAUUGCACACUGACCGCUUUCUCAUCUUCCACCUCGGUGCUGCCUUCUGGCUCGGUGCAACAUGGCUCUGGCGACGAUUUGGAGAUUUUGGACGGUGCUGGUCUUGGUGUCCGGCAGCCUGAGUCUGGGUUGUGAGAGGUUGCAGUUACAGCAAGUUCUCAACACGGAGACUCUGAGCAAACUGCAUGAAAUGGAGGGUCGCUUUCCUUGGCAAUGUGUAAGAGAAAGAUCUGCACUUAAAGCCAAGCCCUUGAACUUGGUGAAGCUUUCAGAAGGUUUACAGGCCCAGGACAAGAUCCAGAUACUUCAUCAAACCUUGCGUCACAUCAAGAAGAUCUACAGCAUGAACCUGGGGUCAGCCACUUGGGCCCGGGACAAGGUGGAAAACGUCCGGCUUCUCCUUGAUCGACAGUUCAGGGAAGUAGAUGAAUGUGUUAAGAGAUCAGGAACAGAGGCCAGACUCAGCAGAAACACCACCAUUCACAAAUACUUCAGGAAACUGCGAAAGUUUCUCAAGCAGAAGAACUUUAAUGACUGUUCCUGGGAAAUAAGCCGCACUGAGACCAGAGCCCGUUUACAACAGUUGUUUGUCAUUAUGGCACAAGUCGGCAGAAGAAAUUAAAAGAAAGUCGAAAGGCGUGUCUAGUAGAAGAUGGAACAAUUUGUUUUUAAAUAACCUGCCAUAUCUACAGUUAAUGGUAUCUUGACUGUUUUGUGAUGACACUUUACUGCAUGGUUACUGAUGGAGAGCAAAUACUAUAUUGCUGAUAGUUUGUACUUGAUCAUUUAAUCAAAAUUAUCGCUGAGUUAUUUUCCUAGGGAAAUCUGAGAAGAAUGCUAUUUCUGGACCUUUCUUUAUUGGCUGACAGCCUUUACAGUUCAAAGUCUCAACUGAGCUUUGUUCCAUGCUAAUAUAAGACCGUUUACCACAUCUGUUCUCAUGUGGUGCAGCAUUUUUCAUGUGGCAGCCUUAUCAAAUGCCUUUUUGGAAAUCCAAGUGCACUACAAGAGCCAGAUUCCCUUUAUCCAACUCCAUUGUUUGGUUUUCUAGAGGCCACUUUUGAAACUGGCCUAAACAGCUGACUCCAUUCUUGCUCCCCAUCCUACCUAGUGGUUUUAAAUUGAUCGCCAGGAUACUGUCACGCAAUAAGCAAUGCAAUUUUCACACUUGGUAUAAAAUCAACGAGGACAAAAGGGCCUGAAGAUUUUUCACUGACAUAUUUAAUACAGACUGUCAAUGAGAAGUCAUUUUAGAGAUCUCACUUUUUCCUUGAAGAAGUAUUAUGUUUUAUGCAAAUGUAAAGGAUUAUUAAUUAUACAAAACUAUUAGUUUGGAUCAGUGAUGACACUCUAAGUCAGAAUGUCAUGGGUUUAAACCCCACCUGAAAGGUCACUUGUUACUUUCCUUUGAGCUUUUUGAAGCUCCUCAAUCCUGUUGUUGAGCUUUCAGUAACAAUUCUGCAGUGAUAAUGCUCUGGCUAGAACAGAGCUCUUGUUUACAAAGUAUUCUCUGGCUUAAGUGUCCAACCAAUGACACCCGAUCUCAUCAUUGGCUCACACUGAUGUUUCCCUCUGGUUCUCUAAAUGGUCAACACUACUUUAUUUAAAUUUGUAUUAAUUUAUUCAUAUUUAUCAUUUCAUGUUAUGAACUGCUGCUGUUUUGUAUUGCAUGAGAAUUGAGUUCCAAAAAAUAAUUUAUUAAUAUUUAUGAGAGUAAGCAAAUAUAGAAUAUUUUUAUAAACUAGAAACUUUUGAUACUGAAUGAAGGCAUGUUUGAGCAAAUACAUUUUUUUGAAAAUGAUACAUUUAUUGGAGUAAUAUUUAUUUCUUGUCUGUGUCCAUCAGUCUCCCAUACUCACUAUAGCUAUUCUAGAUUGCUUUACUUGCUGUUUGUUACUGAUAUGCCUUCUCUAGUCUACCUUUCUUUCUCCAACUUCUGAUGUUCCCUUACCAGGCAAAAUAUGUGAAUCCCAUUGAAUCUAAUAAGCCUCAUUUUCUAUUUACUGGACAGUAUGACUGAUUCAGCCUUUCAGUGACACAUCUGUAUUCCUCCUCUGGAUGAGAAGCUCAUACUCAAGGAGAUAACAAAAAGAAAUGGGGGGAUAUAAAUGGAAUGGGGCCUUUAUCCCAUAAGCACAUAUUCUUUACAGCUUCAGGCUGAUUAGCUCAUUACAGACAAUAUCUUUCUAACUGUUCAUGCCAUAAGUUUAAAUACAUUGGAAGUAAGAGUAGAAGUUGUACAAUGUUCUCUCAUCCUGAAAUCUGUUAACACUAUGCCAACUUCAAAAGGUUACUUAAAGUGUGGUUUAUUUCUUCCCUCUCUUCAA